UUCCUUUUUGUUUGUUUUUUUUUUCCAGAACACUAUAAUUAUACAUCUUCAAACUUAAAUGCUGGCUUGCCUCUUAAUGUGGCACAUUCCUCAUUGUCAACUCCAUGUCAUGGCCUUCAGACAUCAAAUCCCGUCAUUUCAGUUGUCCCAUCGACAAACCAUCCUUCUGGAUAUGGAGGACACAUGGACAGUGGGGCCUCCGAGUAUUACCUGCCGCCCAACAUCAGACCAAAUGGAGCUCCAGUGCUGGAGAGCCCUAGGAUUGAGAUAACUUCUUACAUGGGACUUCAUCAUAACAACAACCAGUUUUUCCAUGAUGAGGUUGAGGAGGCCAUCCCAAAUGCCAAGCGGUCUCCCUCCACUGCCACUUUGAACUUGCCGAACAUCGAGGCGUACAGAGACCCAUCCUGCCUGAGCCCAGCGAGUAGCUUGUCUUCCAGAAGCUGCAACUCCGAAGCGUCUUCCUAUGAGUCCAAUUACUCGUAUCCGUACACUUCACCCCAGACCUCUCCCUGGCAGUCCCCGUGUGUCUCUCCGAAGACCACGGACACGGAGGAAGGUUACCAGCGCAGCAUGGUGGCUUGCACUUUGCUCGGUUCCCCAAGGCAUUCUCCAUCCACAUCGCCCAGGACGAGCAUCACAGAAGAGAACUGGCUGGGGGCUCGCAACUCCAGGCCUCCGUCGCCCUGCAACAAGAGAAAGUACAGCCUGAACGGCCGGCAGACCUCCUACUCCCCGCACCACUCCCCCACGCCUUCGCCGCAGAACUCGCCGCGGGUGAGCGUCACGGAUGAGACGUGGCUGGGGAACACCAACCAGUACACCAGCUCUGCCAUUGUCGCUGCCAUCAACGCCCUCACCACCGACAGCGCCAUAGACAUGAAUGACGGCAUUCCCAUCAAGUCCAGGAAGACGGCCAUCGAUCACACCCCAUCCAUGAAUCUGAAAACUGAACCAGCUGGCGAGGAUCAUGGGACCAUAUCACCAACUGCUGAUUUGUCACCAGAAGACUACUCCAGCUUUCAGCACAUCAGGAAAGGAAACUUCUGUGAACAGUACCUGUCCGUGCCACAGCAUCCCUACCAGUGGGCCAAACCAAAGUCUCUGUCUCCAACAUCCUAUAUAAGCCCAUCCUUGCCUGCUCUUGAUUGGCAGCUGCCAUCUCACUCAGGACCUUAUGAGCUGCGUAUUGAAGUGCAGCCGAAAUCCCACCACCGAGCACAUUACGAGACAGAAGGCAGUCGAGGGGCUGUGAAGGCAUCUGCGGGGGGCCACCCCAUUGUGCAGCUCCAUGGUUACUUAGAAAGCGAGCCGCUCACGCUACAGCUGUUCAUUGGGACUGCAGACGACCGCCUGCUGCGACCCCAUGCUUUCUACCAGGUCCAUCGGAUCACUGGGAAGACUGUCUCUACCACCAGCCAUGAAACAAUACUUUCCAACACCAAAGUCCUGGAAAUUCCACUUCUUCCAGAGAACAACAUGAGAGCAAUCAUCGACUGCGCUGGGAUCUUAAAGCUCCGGAACUCUGACAUCGAGCUGCGCAAGGGCGAGACAGACAUCGGCCGGAAGAACACACGCGUGCGGCUGGUCUUCAGGGUCCAUAUACCACAGGCCAAUGGCAGGACCCUCUCCUUGCAAGUAGCCUCCAACCCCAUCGAGUGCUCUCAGAGAUCUGCCCAAGAACUGCCUCUUGUGGAGAAGCAAAGCACUGACAGCUUUCCUGUUAUUGGAGGGAAAAAAAUGAUACUUACUGGCCAUAACUUUCUGCAAGACUCCAAAGUCAUCUUUGUGGAGAAAGCACCCGAUGGUCACCAUGUGUGGGAAAUGGAAGCCAAAACUGACAAAGAAAUGUGCAAGCCAAAUUCGUUGGUGGUUGAGAUACCGCCGUUCCGCAAUCAGAGAAUUACCAGCCCUGUUCAGGUCAAUUUCUAUGUCUGCAAUGGAAAGAGGAAAAGAAGCCAGUACCAGCUUUUCACCUACCUUCCUGCUAAUGUUCCAAUUAUAAAAACAGAACCCACAGAUGACUAUGAGCCUACUCAAACCUGUGGACCAAUGAACCAAGGCUUAAGCCCUCUCUCUAAACCAUGCUACAGCCAGCAGAUCAUGAUGCCCCCUGAUCCUGGUUCCUGCCUUGUGGCUGGCUUUGCCUCCUGUCAGCAGAGAAACGCCGUGAUGUCACCCUCUCCCAAUGCAAGCCCCAAGCUGCAUGACCUUUCGUCCUCUCAUUACAAGUGCAUCCCCAACCCGGGCCACAGUCACUUCGGACUUCAGCAGCCCACUGGAGGUGUCCCCACCAUACAGGAAGUGCCAAGAUCUAUAGUUGUGCACCCAAGCUCCCCCGAGCAAUCAUCUCACAUCAUGCUGCAGCCGCAGGUGAGUCAACAUCUGAGCAGUAGCUGUCCCCUUGGUUAUCAACAAACAGUCUAUCCCAACAGUCCCUCUUCUCCAGUUCCAUCUGUUACCCAAGAGCCAACCUAUUUGCAGUCCUGCAGUCCAACUCACUCAUCCAUAAUGGGUCAACAGCAGCAGCAACUGCCGAAGGUUCACAGAAAUGAGUCUCCAACAACCCAACCACUGUCAUUGCCAGAGUUACAUGAGGAAAGUAAUCAUAAUUUGGCCCCUAUUCCUGUAACGAUCAAGCGAGAACCUGAGGAAUUGGACCAGAUGUACCUAGAUGAUGCUACUGAGGCUUUUGUGAGCGAAAUUGACUUGUUUCUCUACCGCCCGCGGCCGGGCGAGAGUGUCCAGCUACACCCUUCAGGAAGGGAGGGGAGCCAGCUGGGCCAGGCGGCGGCCAGGCGGCUGGAGUCCCGCAACGCCGCCUUCCUCACCAGGGCAUGUCCCAGGGGACAGCCAGCUGCCCGGGGAGGCCUGGGGAAGAUGCUGGAGAGACCAGGACUGCACGCUUCCAAAGAAAAGAGCUUCCCUGUGGCUGCCAGACCACGCUCUGUCACCCUUCGCCAGGCUCUGCGCUGGCCUUUCCAGCGGCGGAGGGGCGGGAGGCACGGAAGAAACCAGAUACGGCCUCAGGUUCUCUGCUUGCAAGCAGCCACGCUGCUGUCUGGAAGUACAAGAAGCAGCGACAUGGCUUUGCCACCUGCAGCUGAGCCCGCCAGGGUUAGAGCUGGGCUGCUUAGAAGUUUGAACAACAAAAAUAAGGAAAAAAACCCAAAGUGUUGUAGCAAGAGCUACGCCAAUCAGCCAUGA